AUGGUUUUGGCAGAUUUGGGUAGAAGAAUUCGUGUUGCUAUUGGUAAACUUGGCCAAGCAACUGUAAUUAAUGAGGAUGAAGUUAAAUCUAUGUUAAAUGAAGUAUGUGCUGCAUUACUUGAGUCAGAUGUUAAUAUUAGAUUAGUUAAAAAAUUAAAAGAUAAUUGUUUUAAAAAAAUUAAUAAUGAAGAACUUCUUGGGGGUGUAAAUAAACGUCGUGUCAUUCAAAAAACGGUUUUUCAAGAAUUAUUAGCAUUAGUUGAUCCUGGAAUAGCUCCAUAUACACCAUUAAAAGGAAGGCCCAAUGUUAUUAUGUUUGUUGGUCUUCAAGGUGCUGGUAAAACAACAACAUGUACAAAGAUGGCAUAUUAUUAUCAAAAAAAAGGAUGGAGAACGUGCCUUGUUUGCGCUGAUACAUUUCGUGCUGGUGCUUUUGAUCAAUUAAAACAAAAUGCAACAAAAGCACGUAUACCAUUUUAUGGUAGUUAUACUGAAAUGGAUCCUGUUGUUAUUGCAGCCGAUGGUGUAGAUAAAUUCAAAAAAGAAGGAUUUGAAAUUAUUAUUGUUGAUACAUCUGGUAGGCAUAAACAGGAAGCUUCUUUGUUUGAAGAAAUGCUUCAAGUAUCUAAUGCAAUUAAUCCAAAUAAUGUUGUUUUCGUUAUGGAUGCUUCAAUUGGUCAAGCUCUUGAAGCUCAAGCAAAGUCAUUCCAUGAAACAGUUCCUGUAGGAUCUGUUAUUAUUACAAAAUUAGAUUCACAUGCAAAAGGUGGUGGUGCAUUAUCAGCUGUUGCUGCAACUGGAAGUCCUGUUAUAUUUAUUGGUACUGGAGAACAUAUAGAUGAAUUUGAAACAUUUAAACCUAAACAAUUUAUUUCAAAACUUCUUGGUAUGGGAGAUUUAGAAGGAUUAGUUGAGAAAGUUUCAGAAAUUUCUAAUAUGCAAGAUAGUGCGGAACUACUGAAACGAAUUAAAGGUGGUAUAUUUACACUUCGUGAUAUGUAUGAACAAUUUCAAAAUAUUCAAAAAAUGGGUCCAUUUAAUCAAAUUAUGGGAAUGAUUCCUGGUUUUGGACCAGACUUUUUAUCGAAAGGAAAUGAACAAGAAAGUCAAAAUAGAUUAAAAAGGAUGAUGACAAUAAUGGAUUCAAUGGCAGAUAAAGAAUUAGAUCAUCCAAAAGCAACUGAGUUAUUUCAAAAAGAAAGUACUCGUGUUACCCGUGUUUCUAAAGGUAGUGGUACAACAGAAAUUGAAGUUGUAGAAUUAUUAAAUCAAUAUAAAAAGUUUGCUGAUCUAAUUAAAAAAAUGGGUUCAAUGAAAGGUUUAUUCAAGGGAGGUGAUAUGAAUCCAAUGAAUAUGAAUCCUAAUCAAAUGAUGGCUCUCAACAAACAAAUGUCGAAAAUGAUAGAUCCACGAAUGCUACAACAAAUGGGUGGUAUGGCUGGUUUACAGAAUUCUAUUUUCCAAAAUAAAGCUUUUCAGAAGUUUAAAAAGUAA